CCCACGUAAUUAUGAUGACGUCAUGCGCCUCGCCGAAUCUCUUAAAGCAAAAGUGAACUUUUUGGAAAACCCAACAAUUGGAAUUAUAUGCGGCUCAGGGCUGGCUGAUAUUGGCGAUGCAAUUGUCGACAAAAUUACACCAAAUUUCCAUGUUUUGUUUUCUUGGAAAUCCGCGAUUCUUUUGCCUUCAGUUCCUGGCCAUAAAGGGAACUUACUGUUUGGAAAACUAGGCGGAAAGUAUGUGGUAUGCUUCCAAGGCCGUUUUCAUCCUUACGAACACGGAAUGGACCUCACCUUGUGCUCGUUACCGGUUCGGCUGAUGCACUUUUUCGGCGUUAAGAUCUUGAUAGUAUCAAACGCAGCGGGAGGAGUAAACGAAAAAUUCAAGAAAGGAGAUUUCAUGCUUAUCACAGAUCAUGUUUGUAUGCCAGCGCUCUGCGGCUACUCGCCACUUGUAGGCUUAAACGACUCUAGAUGGGGCGCGAGGUUCGUUUCGUUGAAGAAUCAGUACGACGAUAACUUACGAAAAAUAGCUUUGGAGAUAGCCCUAAAACAAGAUAUAUCAGUACAGGAAGGUGUUUACGUGAUGUCUGGAGGACCUCAGUAUGAAUCUGGUGCUGAGAUCCAAUUUUACAAAUCCAUUGGUGGUGACGCACUAGGCAUGUCUACCUGUCACGAAGUAAUAGCUGCACGUCAAUGUAACAUCAAAGUCCUAGGAAUAUCGAUUAUCACGAAUAUGUGAGU